UCCAGACAAGUCGGCUAUGUCAAUGUCCUUGUUGCGGUUACGUAAGUUAACGUUAUAGUUUUUCAGGUUUAUUGACGGCAAAUUCUUUUCUUUGUCGUUUAGAGAUAAUUCAAGUCUCUUUUUGAAAGUAAUUUGGCGAAGUUUUCCCUCACGGUCGCGAUAGAGAGGCGAUAAGUAACCUCUGAAAAGACGUCUAAUUGUUUACAUGAAGAUUGUUGAAGACAGCUGAUGUCGAAUCAGUGAUGUCCGACGAGACGAUUUGGAGCGAUCAGUCUUCGGAGCAAGUUUCAAAUCCUGCGCCGAUCUUGGAGACGUCGUUAAUGGGAACUGCUGAUGAUCAUGUCAUCCUGAGACUUCUAACAGGCAACAACAUGAACUCCAGUUCUUCGAAUGGUAGCGAAGUACUGGCUAAGCUUUUAUCAGGGAGCGUACAGUCGUCUUCGCCUUCUUCCAUAGCAGUUGGAACUACAAUCGUUUUGAGCAGUGUGCAAUCUCCAGGUCUGCGUAAAAUUGAGCCAAAACCAACAGAUUCUGGAAAUGAGGGUGAAAAAGUUGAAGUUGAAAACGAAUCGAAUCCACCAGGAAGACUUCUGGGUAUUAAUGCAACAAGAAGAGGAGUCAAGACCUGUCCUAUCUGCAUGAAGAAGAUUGGCUAUCGUUCCAAGCAGUGCAAAUUUUGUAGCCCUGGAAAGCCUAGAAAGAGGUCAAGAAAAUCCAAACAAAGUAAAGAAUCUAAUCAUUUUGAUGAUGAAAGGGAUACAUCUGGUGUUGAAUUAAAUGUGGUAGUGAUUGAUGGUGAAACUGAGGUGGCAACUUCUGAGAUUUCCAGUACCAUUCCAGAAGUUAUUUCAAAGGAAGUCGUGGAAGAUUCUGAAACAGAUGCAGCAAUAAGUUUUGGACAAGAAACUCAGGAAGGUGAUGUAGUUACUAGUGAUGCUGUGGGCACGGAAGGACUGGUAGGAAGAAAAAGCUAUCACACCAGUCUGCAAGAUCUGAUCCAGACUCUUCUUGUACAAAAUCAAAACAGUAGUGUACUUAUACCGCCCACUGAGCGGGUAGAGUCUGAUAAAUUAAGUAUGUCACAGCCAAACACAGAUCAACAACAGCAACAAAGUGGCAAUGACGAGAUAGAACAAGAACAGGAACAAUUACAAAUGGCAGGUGCCACUGUAGGCAGCCCAGAGAAUGCUUAUGAUGCAAAUUCAGUUGCGCUUUUUCUUGGACAUUUAGCUCAACAGAAUGGUAAAAAAAUAAGGACUGCACUGAAUCCUGUGAUUGACAAUACCAGGUCUGCUACAGGUACAUCAAGUCUGAUUGGAGUCAAAACAAAACGCAUUGUCAUAGAAGAUGAUUUGUCAAGCCAGGCAAAGUACAGGAAAAUACGUCCAAAGUCAAUUGACGAGGGGACAGCAGUCGUGGAAAUUCAGACAGGUGUGGCUUCCAUUAUUGAUGAAGACAUGACUAAUAAUGUUGCAGAGUCGAAACCAUCAGAAUCUCAGUUAAGAAUGCUCCCUGGAAAUGCAACCAGGAGAGGAGUGAUGCCUUGUCAAAAGUGUCAAUGUUUAAUUGGCUGCCGUUCGAAAGUGUGCAAGCACUGUAAGGCUCUGUUGAACGAGUCUAAUCCUCCAUUCAAGCGGAACAAGAAGCAACAACACCAAGCAGUUCAGCUUCAAAUCCCAUCAAAUUCAACAAUGACUGUAUUCUCUGUCAGAAGAAGUAAAGUAGGACCAGAUCACAGGUGUUUCGUUUGGUGUGAACGCAACUUCCCAGAGAACAGAAUGAGAGAUGUUUACUCAUGCGACUAUCCUCCUUGUGUCACUGCAAGGGAACUGGGCAACAAAACUUCUUCCUUUUUGUGUGAACACGCCAAGGUUUGCCGCAGUCAGGGAUCCAUUAACAAUUCCAGAGUCCUUUAUCUGGAUCAAGAGAAGCUAUCUAGUGAAUUUUUUAGUGAAGAGGUUUCCACCUCAUUAAAGGAUCUAAACUUGAAGUGCAGCAGCAAAAAUGUGGCUCUGGUGCAGUGCGUGUCGGAACGAACUUUUGUUGUGGUUGAUCAGCUGCACUUAGAGCAGGGUGGUAGCCUGGCUCCAGAUCUUAUUGGGUUUGUUCACGUGCGAUUUGAAAGGACUAAAGUGAAUGACAGUUUGAAAACUGAAGUGUUUUGUUCUGGAAGGCCAUGCAUGGCUUGGAAUCCAGUCUUUGGUUGUGUAGUCAAUAAAGGAAGUUCUGCACCAACAGUGUGGCGAUCACUUAACUGCUUGCACUGCUCUGCAUGUCUCUGGGCUAUAGCAUCUGACAAGGAACUUGCACAUGAAUUUCAACUCUGCCUUGAUAAUGUCAAAAUGAAAGUCAAUAAUACUGAAGAGGAUUGAAGAUAUGGAAAGUACUCUGAACUUAUUCAACAGUAUGCAAGAUAGUUUACAAAUACUUUGUUACUGUAGAUGUUAUUAUAUGAUAAGGCGAAGUAUAAAUGGGUUUUGAUUGGCUCUUACCUAUGAUCUAUUUGAGGACAGACAUAUAAAUGAUGUCACCUUGAGCAACAAGAACAUCAUGGCCACACUCAGCUCUCCCUCAUGUGGUCCUGUAUGUUGUUACUGUUCUUUUGACACCAUGGGUGAUUUGUUACUGAUCAGACAUAUGGCAACGUGGAAUCUAUUUGUUAGUAAGGGCUGAUAGUUUCUAAAGAAACUGUUUGGGGCUGUGUCGGUGGGGGUAA